AUGAAUGGUGGCAUUGACAAGGGUAGCAGAACCCCAAAGCUUGGUCAGUUGGAGACAAACUGGGGGAAUCAACCGAAACUGCCCACGCCCAACAGUGGGAGCGUGCAAGGAAACCCGAAUAACUUAUUCAUCACUAUAACGGCGUACAAUAAGCGUAUGGAAGAUGAACUAGAAAUGAGACCAGGAGACAAAAUCCAAGUGAUUACUGACGACGAAGAGUACAACGAUGGAUGGUAUUUUGGUCGGAAUUUGCGGACGCAGGAGGAAGGUUUGUACCCUAAAGUUUUCACACAGCAAAUAUCGGCACCUUCACUGGUUAGAGCAAAGUCCACUCGUCGUGUCGCUAGCCCGCUCGCUAAUGGUAGCACGACUGAUUUCUCGACGCUUUCCAACGAGGGUUCCACCAGUGAGUUGCCCACUCCACAUCCUUUGGAGACUGCCGCGCCAGUUAAGUUGCAUCUCGAUCGCACCGCCUCUGUGAAAGUUACAAUGAGUGAUAUUGAUAAAGCACUCGAGGAUUUUCGUGGGGAGACGCUCUUGCCCAGAACUUCGCAGCAAGGUGUUGAAUUGGCUGAUCCUACCCUGGAAACUAUUGGAGAUACGAAUACAACUGGAAAUUUGACAAUGAAUUCAGUAACUACAGUAAGCGAUAUUGAUAUGUCGCACCCAAAGCACCUACAUCGCUCGAACUCGGCUCAGUCUUUGACUAAUGACACGUCUUUUGGAUCGAGCUCUAUCAACGGCAUUGACACCAAACAGCUGGUCCCAGAAAAUGCACAGAGCUGGACACCCGAGCAGGUGACUGCUUAUUUCAUAGGAUCUGGGUUUGAUGUAGAAUCGUCCAGCAGAUUUCAGCAGCACAAGAUUUCUGGCUCCAUUCUGUUGGAGCUUGAACUAGCGCACCUGAAGGAACUUGAUAUCAACUCUUUCGGCACAAGGUUUGAAAUUUUCAAAGAAAUUGAAGCAAUUAAAGAUAUGAUCGCCGCUAAGGGACCCGUAAGGAUACCUAGCCGAUUGAUGCCUGCAGCUUCUGUGAAUCAACGCUCAUACAUGGGGCAUGCUCGGAAAACUUCGCAAUCGCUCGAAGAGUUACCACUGAGUUCGUCAUUAGGACUUUCAGCUGGUCAGGGUGUCGUGAGUAGUAGACAAAGGCCCUACUCCACGCUAAUAAAUGAUCGUGAACCUAGCAUUGAUGAUGUACAAAAGUCCAAUGUCAUCACUGCUUCAUACGAUGAUAAACCCCCCAAGCCUUCGAAGGCUAUAAUGGACGACACACACUUUCUUUCUCCCAGAAGGGCGCCAAAGCCGCCAUCGUAUCCGAGCCCGGUGCAGCCACCGAAGUCGCCCAUAGUUCAGGGACUCACACCAAGCCCGUCGAAACUAGAAUUUUCUCAAAGUGCACGUAACGGCCCACCAACUAUAUUUGAGCGUGCGCCGUAUAUGGAAAGCCGCCCCAAUAAUAAUUCCGCUUUGCGGACACCGAAGUUUCAGUUUCCGAAAACAACUCCUCCGCAACCAUCGUCAGGUACUCCAGCUCCAGCUGAAAAUAUUGGUGUCGGAAGUCAGAACAGUGAUGAGUUUGUUGAGAAAGUGGAGAAUAGUGUUAGUAAGAGGGGCUCUGUCAUUUAUUCGGGACAACAGGGUCACAGGAAAACUAAAUCAGGCGGAUCAUUUGUCGAGCUUUUCAAUCGGGUUUCACUAAUGUCCCCGGGAGUUGCUAGAACUACACAGAAUGACUAUCAUGAAACCCUGGGAGAAGAUAACCAGCUCCAGCGACCCUCGUCAAGCAUUUACGAGCAUUCGAGAGUGGCAUCACCCAGUCAUAUAAAGCAUCCUUCCCAGGCAACUGCUGAGCUGAAGAAGCAUAGAAGAAAUUCUUCAAUCCUAUCAUUCUUUUCCACCAAAGGAGAGGAGACGGGCAGAACUUCUCCUUCGAAAAAAGGUGGAUCUAGACAUGCUUCCAUUUCGCAUAGCAGGAAGAACUCUGCUAUGGGAUUCAUUCCGCCUAAAUCAUUUUCUCCCGACAAGGGCUCCCGGUCUCCCGCUAAGAGGCAUUCGGUGAUAGUGUCGCCAGCAGACUCCUCAGAUAUAAACGAUAAGCGCCGGUCAGUCAGUGCAAAGGAGCCUAGCUCAGCUCUGGGUGCAACCGAAACUGAUUUGUUCUUUGAUGCAAAGGAAAGCAUGCAAGAUGACAGGGAAAAGAAGAGAUCCGUCAGUGAAGCUGUCAAAACCAAGCCCAUUCGCACCACCAAGUCUAAUAAAAAUUUACCCAGAAAGAUGCAAACUUCCGCCUUUAUGGAGGGUAUCAGAACCAUUAGUGUUGCGGAAGCUAUGACAGAAUCUCAUUGCUCAGGUUGGAUGAGUAAAAAGGGCUCUGGUGCCAUGGGCGUUUGGAAGAAUAGAUUUUUUACUUUACAUGGCACCAGACUUUCUUACUUUGCUAGCACUACUGAUACGAGAGAGCGAGGGUUAAUAGACAUCACUGCCCACAGAGUCCUUCCCGCGAAGGAGGACGAUAAGCUCGUUGCCCUUUAUGCGGCGAGCACCGGUAAAGGCCGUUAUUGUUUCAAAUUGCUCCCACCUCAGCCUGGCUCUAAAAAAGGUCUGACAUUUACGCAGCCUCGGGUUCAUUACUUUGCAGUUGAUACGAAGGAAGAGAUGCGGGCUUGGAUGGCUGCUUUAAUAAAGGCUACGAUUGAUAUCGAUACAAGUGUUCCAAUCAUCAGCUCAUGUGCCACACCAACUGUGUCUUUGAAUAAAGCACAAGAAAUGCUAACUCAGGCUCGUGAAGAAACCAGGCAACGUGAAGAACAACGCUUUCUAAAUGAAGAGGAUGAAGACCAAAUGCUUUGGGAACAACAACAGCGUCUAGAAGAAAGCGUACAGGACAGUACGGGUGACACUUCAACUCCGGUUUCUUCAGUCCAGGUAAAUCCAAGUACAGGUUCCGGUUUCCACAGUCCUUACCUUUUAGCUUCCGGGAUGUUAUCCCCGGGUACCCCUCAAAAUGGAGGCCGUAUGCCUGAUCAGCAGAAUGGUGACUAUUUUAUGAUGGGCCCAAAUUAUGCCAAUAAUAAAAUUUAG